GAUGUCCUCUUGAUGGUUGAAAGUUCUUCUAUGAUUUCCACGGCAGACUUUGUGAAGAUAAAAAUGUUCAUUGGAUCGCUUGUCGAUUUGUCUGCCAUUGGGCCGCAUGCACUACGAAUGGGUUUAGUUCAGUAUGGCAAACGACAACAAUUGGAAUUUCGUCUCGACACCCACUACAAGAAAGAUGAGCUGCUCAAGAAAAUUAAAGCCAUGCGGGAAUUGGGUGGUGGCACGGAGACUGGCAAAGCACUCCGUUAUGUGUCCCAGCUCUUUGAUGAGGGCCGCCCUGGUGUCCCACAAAUCCUGAUUGUCGUGUCUGAAGGGAGGUCACAGGAUGAAGUUGCUGAUGCUGCUGACAUGCUGGGCCAUAAAGGCGUCAUCAUCUACUCUAUUGGCAUAGGCAGUGCAAACAGUAAACAAAUGGCAAGAAUCGGUGGCAGCAUUAAAAACAAAUACCAUUUCUUGAAGGAUUUUGAUGGGCUGCAGCCAUUAUCAGAGACACUCAUGUUUGACAUCUGUCAUAUGGAAGGUUUGUGA